UCAUGAGCAAGAACUCCAUCAGCACCAAUGAGGAGCUUCAUCAGGGCGAUUACCUCCUCAGCAACAACGGCAACUAUAAAGCAAUUUUCAAGGAUGACGGAAACUUCAUCAUCUACAAAUGGGCAACCAAUACCAACGGCCCCGGAGGAAAUCAAGUCGUCAUGCAGGGGGAUGGCAACCUUGUGAUCUACACGAGCUCUGAUAAAGCGGUGUGGGACAGUCAUACCCACGGCAAUCAGGAUCCAAGGAUGCGGCUGGCCUUAACUGAUGAAGGUCAGCUGGUUGUGACCAGAAACGGUCAAAUCAUUUGGACCUCGUCCUAAGGUUCAGCCUGAGGUCAUGAGAUGUACAAGCAACAAUGUUUUGUGCUCCUGUCUUUAAAACACA